CCCUCUCCGCAAUCGAAUUUAAAGAAAGAGGUCAACCCUUUGAAAUUCCGGACCAUACUCGCUCUUUCUGCUUUUAUCCCGGACAACAAAACCAACGUUUGCUCGCACUUGCCUCGCACCACCCACUACACACGCAACUGCCCGAAGGAUAUUUGUAUUUAUAUGAGCUGAUCUGGACCUCGAAAAUCGGACCGCCGCUUCUCGAAUUUCGCUCAUCUUCAAAUGAUGCUCCAACAUCCCCAACAUCCUUCGCCUCUGACUAUCAAUUCUGAGACUUGCUGCCUUCCCACAAUGCCUUCUCCUCGCGCAUCGCCUGCUCUGAGACCGUCGUCGCCGCUGUCACCUCGCUUCGAACCCACGCCACGCUACGAGUUACAACCCCCAUCACCUCGCGGCCUCCAUCCUCGCUCCGCCGCCACUGGCUCUCAGAUGCGCCAUCGCAACUCUUCUAAUGCCAAUGCCCUCAAGCUGCCAGGUCUGCCCCGCUUCCACCCGGCCAACUUCCCCUCCUCACAAUCAUCCUCGGUUGCAAACACCCCGGGCACAGCUUCUAAUUCUGGCCACCCAUCUCCCAACCCUCCGGUCAGUCCUAAGGCUCAACAAAGGCUCUACUCCGAGGCUCAGAAGCAGCUGUAUCUUUACCACCGAGAGACGGUAGCUGCUCAGGCCGCUGUUGCAGCUGCCGCAAGCGCAAGUUCUGGUAGACCUCAAUCAGCUCGCUACGAGAAGCCUUUGAGCCCACGACUUGCACCACUUGGCAGUCCUGGCCCUGUGACGCCACUCGAGCUUGAAGGUCAGGAUGGCUAUCUGCUGGCAGGUGCCCACGCAUCGUCCGCUGCUGCUCACGCCGCCGCCGCACAAGCUGCAGCCGAGCAAUUGUCGGCCCAUCACUCCGAUCUAGUCGACAAACUUAUCGAGCAGGAGGUCCGCCGCAGUACGGAUAUGGACCGCGCCAUGCAAGACCUUGGCCGAUGAUCGAAUUGCAUCAACUCACAAAAAAAAGCACGAAAUUCUCUCCUUUGUUCAAAUUCUGCACAGCGUCCGGCGUCGAAGCAUAUACCUGGUUUCCUUUCUGUUUUCACUUUACUUGCAUAAAACAUUUUCAGAGAUACCAUAUUCUGAUCCGCCUUUCCUCCGAAUGAGUUGAGGGAAGCUGCGUAGAUCUUUAUCUUUCUUGUUCUUUUUGUUUUCGGUUUUUUUCAUAUACUCUAGAGAAUUCGAUGAAUGGAGAUAUCCAUUUCGGACGGUCUCAAACAAGGGCAAAUGCAUCACAUACGCUCGCUAGCAUUGUGGGAGGUUUCUAUGUUUGCAUAUCUCGGCUAGCUCAGGAGGUUUACGAUAAAACUCUCAAAAUCAAACACACUAUUACUCUACACAACUGCU